AUGAAAGUUGGAAUUGUUCAUCGAGAUAUUAAACCAAGCAAUGUUCUUGUCACUCGUGAUUUCAUUCUGAAAUUGGGUGAUUUUGGUUCUCGAGUCGAAGUUGAUCUCUUUGAGCCGAUGAUUGAUAAAACACAAGUCAACGUGGUGAAACCAGUAGGCUUUGAUGGUACAACGGAAAGGCUACAGCUAGCUUUACAAAAUGAAGGACUUUGGGAUGGGGAAAUCAAUGCGGGCUUUCACAAUGACUACGCUUUCGAUAUCAACGUCGUGCCUUACAAAAACGAGACAAGAAUCCUUAAAUCGCAUUUGGAGCACUAUUUCGGAUGUCCAAACUAUUUUCUCUUUGCACGUGUUCGCAGUGAUCCAGAAAGACUUUGGAUUCAAAUACCGACUCUUGAGGGUGAAGAGGGACUUACGAUGCAUCGAGACACCCUUGCAUUUGCCAAUGUCACAGCAAAACAAAAUGAUAUUGAUCCAGCAAGAGAUGACUUACAAAUUGUCCCUCAAUAUUAUUUACAUUUUGUUGUUGAGAGAAUUUCGAUGACACUUGAAUCACAGGAGAAGAGUCUUCUCUCUUCAUCAAUCAUCCGUUAUGAUUACAUUCGUCCCACUCCACAAUGCAAUAAACAUUGUACAUCAAAGACACCGAUAGCUGGGAUGGUUCAAUGUUGUAAAGCAGCCGGCGCUUCAAAUUUCGGCUUUUGCACGAAACACAAUCAGGCCCUUUGUGCCGCUUGGACUGAAGAGUACACGGUUAUUUGGACAUCCGGA